GAACAGAUGUUUAAAGGGAAAACCAAUACAGUCUGAAGCAUUUGCAUAGACCACAGAUUUAACUUCAGUUUUCUGCCACGCAUCAUUUUACACAGAAAACAUUUUGUUUCUCAGUCAUGUGGACACAGAGCAGCGUCUUCUAUUUGGCCAUUGUUGCUACAGUCUCUUAUCUGUCUGCAUCUUCAGCUGCUACAGAUGUUCAAAUAAGAUUAGUCAACCCACAUGAGUCAACUCGUUGCUCUGGACGAGUUGAAAUCUAUCACAACAACAGCUGGGGAACAGUCUGUGAUGAUGGCUGGGACAUAAAUGAUGCUGAGGUGGUCUGCAGUCAGUUAGAUUGUGGACCGGCACUGAAUGCCACUCGGGAGGCCGUUUUUGGAGAACGAACAGGACAAAUCUGGCUUGAUGAUGUGUCCUGUUCAGGAACGGAAAGUUCUCUAACUGAGUGUAAGCACAGCGGAUUUGGGAAACACUACUGUGGAGAUUUUUGGUAUGCUGGUGUCAUCUGUUCAGGUGUGCCUAUCAGAUUAGCUGGUUCUGGGUCCACUCCGUGUGCUGGAAGAGUUGAAUACUACUAUAAAAAACGUUGGGGAACAGUGUGUGAUAAUGACUGGGACAUAAAUGAUGCUGAGGUGGUUUGCAGACAGUUAGACUGUGGACCGGCACUGAAAGCCACUCAAUCAGCUCAAUUUGGUGAAGGAAAGGGAGACAUCUGGCUUGAUAAUGUGGCUUGUUCAGGAAGUGAAAGUUCUCUAACUGAAUGUCAGCACAGAGGAUUUGGGACGCACAACUGUGGACAUCAUCGGGAUGCUGGUGUCAUCUGUUCAGGAAUCAGACUAGCUGGGUCUCAGUCCCCAUCCUCUGGAAGAGUUGAAAUCUAUCACAACAACAGCUGGGGAACAGUCUGUGAUGAUGGCUGGGACAUAAAUGAUGCUGAGGUGGUCUGCAGUCAGUUAGUCUAUGGGACGGCCCUGGCAGCUCCUAAAGAGGCUCAUUUUGGUGAAGGAAGUGGACCAGUCUGGUUUGAUGGUGUGGCCUGUUUUGGAAAUGAAAGAUCUAUAACCCAGUGUCAGCUUGGAGAAUUUGGGAGCAGCUGUAGACACCAUAAAGAUGCUGGAGUCAUAUGCUCAGGUGUAGCCAUCAGAUUAGCUGGUUCUCUGUCGACUCGCUGCUCUGGAAGAGUCGAAAUCGCCUACAAGAAAACAUGGGGAACAGUCUGUGAUGAUAACUGGGACAUAAAUGAUGCUGAGGUGGUCUGCAGAGAGUUAAACUGUGGAACAGCCCUGAAUGCCACUCAGUCCGCUCACUUUGGUGAAGGAAGAGGAGAAAUCUGGCUGGAUGAUGUGUCCUGUUCAGGAAGUGAGAGAUCUCUGACUGAGUGUCAGCACAGGGGAUUUGGGAUACACAGCUGUACACACAGCAAGGAUGCUGGUGUCAGCUGUUCAGGUGUGCCAGUCAGAUUAUCUGGAAGCACUUUGUGCUCUGGAAGAGUCGAAAUCUUUUACAACAACAUUUGGGGAACAGUCUGUGAUGAUAACUGGGACAUAAAUGAUGCUGAGGUGGUUUGCAGAGAGCUCGGCUGUGGAACGGCACAGAGUGCUGCUGUAUCAGCCCGCUUUGGUGAGGGAAGUGGAUCCAUCUGGCUUGAUGAUGUGUCCUGUUCAGGAAGUGAGAGAUCUCUGACUGAGUGUCAGCACAGAGGAUUUGGGACACAUGACUGUACACACAGUCAGGAUGCUGGUGUUGUCUGCUCAGUGAUCCUCCCAAAGCCCAGAAUCUCCAUGAAUCCUGCUAAUAAAGUUAAGUGGAGAAGUGAUCUCAGCAUCACUUGUUCAAUAUCACCUCAAAGCCAACAGCUCCUACAAGGAGAAUUUACUCUGAAGCAGAUUUCAGGCUCAUUCAGUCAGACAAAACCAUCAACUACCAACUCUGCUACAUUCAAGAUCCCCCAAGUAGAUUUUGACAGUGAUGGAUUGUACCAGUGUGAAUAUUCACACGACUCCAGCAUCUCCACAAGUGACUCUGCUAACAUCUCUGUUAUUGUGUCACUGGAGCAGCCCAGUAUCUCUGUGACGUCUCCAAAUGGAGGACUGGUCAAGGUUCCUGAAGGUGCAGAAAUCAUCAAGGGUUACAGCUUCAUCUUCACCUGCACAACUAGUGUACACUAUACAGGAGCUGUUUUCUUUCUCAUCUUUACUCGCUCUAAUAUGAAAUACAACAUGACAUCUGUCAACAACUCAGCCUCCUUGAGUUUUCCUGUAGCUGACCUUGAACAUGAUGCCGACUACAGCUGUGUGUAUGAGAUAACAGUGUCAUCAAGGAAAAUCACUGCUCAAGAGGCUCAGUGGAUUCAUGCCUUUGUGAUUUAUUCAAGAACUUCAGUCCUGAGAUAUGUUUUCCUACCACUGAUUCUGCUUUUGGAGAACAUUGCCCUUCAUUUCUACUAUAAGGUCUCCAAAAAGCAGAAACCGGCCAAAAAAGAGAACGCUGAGACGGAUGUUUCCAGAGCUGAAGAAGUUCACGCUGAGGAGGAAACAGCAGAAGAGAUAGAAUAGUCUUACGCGCACACGUGCACACACACACACACACACACACAGGUGGAGAGGCUUUCACCCAAAUAUUAUUUCUCACAGGUUGAUAAAUAAAUACAAUAAGAAAAGAAUUUGCUCUUUAGUGACAAGGUUCAACUAUAGAGCACACAACAAGGUGAAGAAUAGAGUGAAAACAAUGUAAAAAACAGGAUGCAAAUGUGUGUUUCUUAUAUAAAUUUGUGGAAUCUUGAGGCAUGUUAAGAUUCGUGUAUAUACUGUAUGAUUUCCUUUUACAUAUAUACCCUAAAAACCCCUAAAACUAGAAGACAGAACUUGCUCUGUAAGCACUGAUGUUACUACGUGGCAAAUCUCUAUUUUGAGAACUGCUUAAGGUAAAAUGGAAGCAGAGACAUAUUUUUUUAUGUUCUUUGAAGUUUGAUUGCAAAAUUGACAUUAUUGACAAAGACAUUAUAGUAAACAGUUGAGAUGAGUACAUAGAAAAAGCACAUCAAAACAAUGCCUACAAAGAAAAUGAUGGUCUUGUAUGAAGAUCUACUGGAAACAAAUUCUUCAUUCUGUAACUUGGAACUGAAUAAAAAUUUGUCUCACAACAUUUAAUGUUUAAAGUGUGAGCACAGAGCUGCCAGCAGAGACACAGGAAGUCAGUGUGAUCGAGAUAAGGGUAUCUUAUAACUGCUACUGCUUUACAAAGAUAAAAUUCAGAACAACAAAAUAACUGUGGUAAAUUUAUUAGUAACUAUGAAUUCGUUUUUAGCUGAUAUUUUCUGUAUUCAGAAAUCUUUGCACCUGCUCUAAAGCUAUAUCUCUCUGUAUUAACAUUCACCUGAUAAGUCUGUCAUCGAGGACUCUGUUCUUCAUGUCAUGUUUGUGAGUUAUAUUUUUGACACUUUGUUUUCAUUAAAAGAUU